GGCGGGCCCGGCGCUGCAGAACCUUGGACAGAAGCGGAGCCGCCGCCGGGUCGCGCAGGGCGGAGCUGAGCGCAGCGCCCCGGGCACCGGCCCCCGGGCCGGAGGCGGCGGGCGCCCGGCGGCGCCAUGGGCACGGUGCUGUCGCUGUCCCCGAGCUACCGCAAGGCGCCGCUGUGCGAGGACGGCGCGGCCGGGCUGGGGCCCUACGGCGCGGCGCCCGGCGGCCGGAGCGCCAAGGAGCGCGGCCUGCGGCGCCACCCGAUCCUGGCCGCGCUGCCCUGGAAGCGCAUCGCCGCCGUCUCGGCCAGGAAGAAGAAGCACUCGCAGAAGGUGCAGCCCGGCGGCUGCCCGAGCAGCGUCGCCCACCGCAACAGCGAGAACCUGAGGAAGUCGCUGUCCUGCGCCAACCUCGCCGGCUUCGCGCCGCCCGCCGCGCCGCCGCUCUCCGCGGCCAAGAGCGCAGCGCCCGCGGGGCGCAAGGCGCCGCCCCAGCCCGGCGCCGCCGGCACCCCGCGGCGGGUCAUCGUCCAGGCCUCCACCGGCGAGCUGCUGCGCUGCCUGGGCGACUUCCUCUGCCGCCGCUGCUACCGCCUGAAGCACCUCUCGCCCACGGAGCCGGUGCUGUGGCUGCGCAGCGUGGACCGGGCGCUGCUCCUGCAGGGCUGGCAGGACCAGGGCUUCAUCACGCCGGCCAACGUGGUCUUCCUCUACAUGCUGUGCAGGGACGUCAUCGCCGCCGAGGUGGCCACCGACCACGACCUGCAGGCCAGCUUGCUGACCUGCCUGUACCUCUCCUACUCCUACAUGGGCAACGAGAUCUCCUACCCGCUCAAGCCCUUCCUGGUGGAGAGCUGCAAGGAGGCCUUUUGGGACCGCUGCCUCUCCAUCAUCAACCUCAUGAGCCCCAAGAUGCUGCAGAUCAACGCGGACCCGCACUACUUCACCCAGGUGUUUGCUGACCUGAAGAACGAGUGCAGCCAGGAGGAGAAGAGCCGGCUCCUCAUCGGGCUGGACCGGUGAGCACCCCCCGCCGCUGGGACUGGGGCACCUUCCUGGUGCUUUGAUUUGUCAGACACAGGUGGAGGUUGGGCGGACCUUGGAAAGGGCAGCGGGGCCCCCAGCUGGCAGCACUGACCUUGGAACACUAGCCGCCUGCCUCGGCCUCCAGCAGGGCUGCAGCCACGGGGGUGGGUUGGAAGCUCUUGUUGUGGCUAGUGUCUGUUCGGUUUCUGUAACUGCCUGGAGAUCCAUUGCUCCCUCCACUUCAGUGCUCAGUGGGGGCUUGGCUGUCCUUUUGCCCAGACAGUAUCUGCCGGAGGGAUUAUCCACGCAGAAGUCUUCACCCUUGUGAGCAGGCGGCUUCAAGAAAUGACUUGAAGGAAAUGUUGGCCUUUACUUUCUCGAAGGGCCUGGUGGUGUGGGAAUGGGGUAAUUCAAUGGAGUCUUGAGCAUCUGGCAUUUCACAAAGGGAUCCAAUGCUUUAAAGCUGGCAGGGGUUCAGAGCUGCACAAAACUUAAGAAAAUUAACCUUAAAAACAAUCAGUAUCAAACUCCAAAAGGGACUUAUUGCAUGUAACAUGUAGUUAGCUGGGAAGGCGAGUGGGGGAGAGGUGGAAUUGCACACACCUUUGACUCUGCAUUGGUGGCUCACAUGUUUAAUUCUCAAAAUUCCCAGAUUUGGGAAAGCCCAACUUUGAGCAGGCAAAACAGUUCCUCACAGGCUUAGAAGUAUCAUUCGUGAUCAAUGCUGCAGCCUGUGGUCUAAGGCGAGUUUGGAAUGCUGUCUCACCAGUCAAGGCACCCAAGAGGUGAGGUGGCCAGGUUGGGAUUGGUGUGAGACCACACUGUGGCUACUUGGCUAUUGUUUUGGUUUGCGACGGCAAAUAAUUCUGUGCUAGUCAGUAACAUGACUAUCUGCAGCCCACCCUGGUCCUGUCACGAGUGGUGGCCAUUACUCUGUUCAUGUUUUCUGAACUGCAGCAGUAGUGGUCUGUUCUGAUGUGUCUUACUGUAGGGUUUAAUGGCACUAUCAAUUGCUUUCCCUAGUCUACCGGAUCACUCUGUGUGGAAUGGGGCCUAUUUAGCAU